AAUUUUCUCUUUCCUUCCGAAUUCCCCCGCUUUUGGGAGGAAAUGAAAGUGAAAUUUUAUUAAAGAGUCUUUCCUUCCAAUUCCUCCCAUUUCCUUUCACUUAAUUUUUUUUUAAUGAACCAAACAUUGGAAAGUAAUAAAUUUCCUUCCAUUUCCUUUCCUUUCCUUCCAAAUUCCUUCUACCAAACAAACUGUAAAACAUGUAGGACUUGUCGAGUACGGAUUGGCGGAGGGGAGUUCAUAAUGUACUUGGGUACAAAUCAACUAAUAAAAAAAACAAUUUGAAGCCAAUGAAUGAGGAGUAGGCAGGGUAAAUAGUUCCGAUAUGAUACAUAAAUGAGGACAGAUCACAUGCUUUUGUACCAGCCAGCUUUAAACAGCCAAAUAACUAGUGCUCUAUCUCUUAAAAAAAAGGCUUUUAAAACCUGUCCUAUCAUAUUUGAAAACAAGUAUUAUCUGACCUACACUCUAUAAUUGCCUCCUACAUCCUUACUUUAGUUAAAAACUCCCUAAAAAAACAUACAGAGUAAAUAAACACAUCAGUAAAAAAAAAGAAAAAAAAGAAAGAAAAGAAAAGGAAGAUUCAAAUUCAAAAACGUAGAAAGUGGCCGCUCAAAAAGCCACAAACAUUCUAGGAAGUCAAUUAGUGGAUUAGUACUGAACUCAGCAACACCCAAAACAAAACAAAAAUCCCCAAUUUUCUUUGUCUUUCCAUCUUCAUCUUCUCUCUCCUACCAACAAUGGUGACAACCGCAGCAAAUUAUGAAGAAAAAAGAAAGCAAAGAUUGGAAGAAAACAAAAAAAGGAUGGAACAACUCAACCUCCAUAAACUUUCUCAAGCUCUCAAACCUUCCCCUACCAAAAACAUCAAACAAUCUCCUGCAAAGAAGAUAAAAUGCAGAUUAGAUGAUCUGGGUGUUCAUUUUCCGAUUCGAAGAUCGUCUCGAAUGGCUGAUAAACCUCCUCCUAACUACAAAGAGAAUGCAGUGGAGCCUUUUAGAGAAGGUCGAAGGGUUUUCAGCUACAAAAGAAGGGAUCUUUUGAAUCGAGUUUAUGCCUCAGAUGAGCACAGGUUAUACGCUAUUGAUAGAGCUGAAAAGUUGGAAUCAAGCUUAGGUUCUGAAUUUCCUGCCUUUGUUAAGCCAAUGCUUCAAUCUCAUGUUACUGGAGGGUUUUGGUUGAGUUUUCCUCUCCCAUUUUGCAAGACUUACCUUCCAGACGAAGAUGAAAUGUUCACUCUUAUUGAUGAAAGUGGAGAUGAAUGGCAGAGCAAGUAUCUUGCUAGAAAGAAUGGACUUAGUGGUGGGUGGAGAGGAUUCUCCAUUGAUCAUGAAUUAGUUGAUGGGGAUGCCCUUGUUUUCCAGCUCAUUGAACCAAGUAUCUUUAAGGUCUACAUUAUUCGCGUAAAUUCCUUGGAAGAAGAUGAAGAGGAGAGUAGUGAUGAGAAUGUUAAAGCUGCUGUAAGUGAGGGAAAGAAAGACAGCAGAAAAAAAUAGUAGCAGGCAAAAGAUUGCUGAUGAUGCUGUGGCUACUUCAAAUUCUUUUUGUUGAGUGCAUGAGGUCAUGGGUAUAUAAGGCUGUGAAGAGUAUUUAUCUUCCAUUUUGAGUUUAGAAAGUCUGUAACUCAUGUUGUAGCUGAGCGUAAGACUGAUAAUUUUGACUUGUGAAUAUGACACCAUUUAACCUACAUAUAUUCUACUUACUAUUGUUGCAAAA